UCUCAUUCAUGCACUAUUUGGAAGAGUGAUUGGAGUGAAGAUAACUUUUCCUUUCAUUUGAGCCUUACGCACAAACCAAAGCCAAGAAAGAGCUCUCGGAAUAUCUCUCACCAACAACUAGCUUGGAAGAAGCAAAGAGCAAGGAAAUCCCAAGGGAAAAGUAGCUAGAAGGAAGGGGAAAAACAGCAAUGGCAUUGGGAAAAGAGGAGGACAUGAGAACUUAAAGAUGGCUUCUUACGAGGUCUGCAAAUCUGGGACAAGGAACGAAGGUCAAAUGCGUAUAUCAGCUCUACGACCAUAACGACAUCGUUUCUUGUUGUUCUGUGUACUUAACCGAACGACGUCGUUUGGCGGAUUGAAUUAAUUAUAAAAAAACAGUCUGCUCGAUCUUUGCGUCUCUGCCCCUCUAUAUCUCGCACAACAGGUAUCCAACGAAGAAGAUGAAGCUUAUGGGGUGGCACCAGCACCAGAUCACACUCCCUAAUUCCGCCCCUGAGUAGAGCCAUUCCUUGUGCACUCUGUUAAGAAUCUCCAAAGGCUUCUUUUAAGAUCUGAUCUAUGGAUUGACUGUCUAGGCACGCACGGUCUACAAAUAUUUUUGUUUCUAUAACUCCCUCAAGAGGUGAAAGCUAGCCAUGUCAAAGUAUGAAGAAGUCGUGGAUGAUUUUGAUGUGGACGAAGGGUUGGAAGAUUUGGGCCAACGCCCUAAAAGGAGACAAAAGACAAAGAAGAAAAUGCUACUAAAGAAAGCUGCAGAUGAUAAGGUGGUGGUAAAGGUGAAUAGCUUUGGUGUUCAUGCAGGUAAAGAAUGGACAGAACUGACCAAUUAUAUUGGUGCCUUAGUGCGGGAUCAUGUUUACAUAGUGCAUGAUGAAUGGAGACAUGUGAAAGUUAAACUUAAAGAUGAAAUGUGGAACCAUCUUAAGGAAUUGUUCGUGUUGAGUGACAAUUCAAAAAAGCAUGUGUUAGCUACUAUGAGUGUAGCUUUCAGAAAUUUCAAAUCUACACUGCGAACUGACUUUAUCUAUCAACAUGAGGAUGAGCCGGAGAAGUUAGAGUUACCUCCCGCGGAGUACAAACACAUUUCGAAGAAAGAAUGGAAAUUAUUUGUGAAGAAGACUUUCUCCGAAGAAUUUGUGGAGAAAAGCAAAAAAGCGAGAGAACGGCGAAAAAAGCACAAUUUGAACCACCGAUUGGGUUCUACUGGAUAUGGAGGCUUGCUUUUAAAGCAGCAAAAAGAACUUGGAGUCAAAAAUCUGGAAGACAUUGAUCGUUGUGAUACGUGGUUGCUUGGCAGAAAAAAAAAAGAUGGGACCUAUGAUGAUGAUGUCAAAGAAGUGGCAAAUGAAAUAGAGGACCUGAAGCACAAAGUACAGGAGGGGUCGUUUGUGCCUAGUGGGGAUGCUGAUGUUCUUUCCACUGCUCUUAAGAAAAAACCCAAUGGCAGUAGAGUUCAAGGGUUGGGACACUUCAUAACCCCAACACAAUACUUCCACAGGCCAAAAGAGACAAGAUCUGAGCGGGAAAAGGAGCAUGAGAUGUGUGAGCAAAGGUACAAGAUGAUGGUUCUUAAGUUUGAUGAAAUGAGGACACAAGUGUCACAUGCCAUAAGUGAAAUUGGCAGUUCAAGUAUUCCCAACAAAUCUCCUAUUGUAAAGGCUGCUGAAGAGGUAGAUCAACCAAAACUUACUCCAGUGAAGAGACGUCGUGGUACUGUCCCCAGGAGCUCCCCCCCACACAGCUCCAAGAAGAAGAAGCCCAAGCCAAAUGAGAGUGAAGAAGAAGGAGAUACAAAAGCAAAGCGAAAGGCAACUGAAGUGCUAGAAGAACAAAAGUUGACUCCCCAGAAAAAACAUCUCGCAGCAGUUUCAAGAAGGUCCCCGCGAUUCAUGCAUAUGAAUAAUCUUCCCGAGGAGAAUGUAGUUAGAGCAGCUAAUAACGCACCAUUAAGUGAAGCAUCACGAGAAGAGGUUGUGAGUGAACUAGGUGGUACUAAAACAAAGUUGAAGGUUGAACCUCCUCACCUCAAGGAAGAAGUCAUUCCAGAGAAGUUCAUUGAAGUUGAAGGUGGAGGUGUUGUAGUUGUUAAAGAACAUGCAAGGGCUAAGAUGAAGAAGUCAAGGCAACCACCGGCAAGGAAACUAAUAAUGCAAAGAACUACAAGGUUUGCUGCCGAAAAAAGAAAAGAGCAAAGCAAUAGCAUGAAGAUGUUUUCUAUGCUAGUUGACAAAUGCCUAGGAGAUGGGUACAUGGUCGAACAUGAUGCUGAAAUAUUCGGGUUUGCAACUAAAUCUAUUUUCAAUAAGGAUGUGUGCGGCCUUGUAAUCAACUUUGAGCAGGUGAACAAUUCUGUUGUAGAAAUCUGGUCUAGGCACUUGCAUGAGAAGAUGCUUCAAGAUGGAGGUAAUAUGCCAGUCCAAUUUGGCACGUCUGCUGCAGUACCAGUACCAUUGAAAUCCUCAGAUGAGUCCAUUACAAGGAGGUCUCGAUAUAUAGCAGAUCUUUUGGCUGUUGGUUUGCUUGGCCAAAUCACGCUAAUCCCUUAUAAUACAUGGGGAGUGAAAAUUCAUCAUGCCUCGGUUUCUAAGAAGAGGUUAUCUCUGAAUUGGGUAACAGUCAUGUGCCCUAAGCAAACUGGUUCUAUGGAAUGUGGAUACUUCUUGAUGAAGUACAUGAGUGACAUUGUUUGUGAUGUUAACGUCCUGAAAAAGAAUUUCUCAACAAUAAAGAACUACUCUGAACAAGACAUCUUGCAAGUGCGUGAGGAGUGGGCAGCAUAUGCAACAAAAUUGGUCCUAAAAUGCGGUUGAUUUUGAAUGGUGGUCUGGUGAAGAUCAAUUCUUGUACUUUUGAUGUGAAGGAAUAUGUGCAACUGUUUUGCCUGUUACAUUGAAAACUUCAUGUUGAAUUGUAGGUUCAUGUUUUGUGGAAUGUAAAACUAUUAUGCAAUGCCCCGGUUAAUUGUGGCGUCAUUUUUGCUUGAAACUGAAAACAUGCACCCAUUUUGUUGUGGAAGUUGUAACCUAACAUGAAGGAUUAACAAUGAUGACUGAACACUAUUAUUAGAUGAUAUGUAUUUAAAGUUGGUUGUG